GCGACUUGUAAAUACGUUUAAGCAGCUAGGUUUUUGUAGUGCUCGUUGGUAGCUUCAAGAAUGGAUAAGAAGUUAGAUACGGACAGCCUUCAAAUGCGUCUUCAGGCGCUAGAGAAUCGAGUGUAUGGCGAAAGAAGAAACAAAAGCGGAAAACCUGUUAAGUGUGCAGAAUCUGUGGCCAGGAUUCAAUCAGGUCUGACCAACACAGCCAACAAGAGAGAAAGAGUAAAGAUCCUACACAAGAAAAUUGAGGACCUGAUGAAAUACCUGGACCCCCAGUUUACUGACCACAUCUCUGUACCAGAUGCCAUGAAACUGGAGUUUAUCCUUGCUGAGGAAGAGUUCCUGCUUUCUCAAGCUGCUUUGCUGGAACAGGUCAACAACUUGCAACCACUGUUGGACAGCACCUAUAUCAGAGAUGUACCUGAACAUGCAACCAAGCUGCAGCGUCUGUCGCAGAUUCACAUUAAAGAACAGGACCAAACUGAAGCUCAGUCGAUUGAAGUGAAGAAGCUAUUUGAGGAAUACAACAAAAUGAUGUUCCUGCUGUCCAAGCAGUUCACUCAGUGGGAUGAGACCCUGAGGAAGAUGGAGGAGGCCAAAGGCAUCCGACCUGUGGAGUAGUUACAGAUACACUUAAGAUGAAGAUGGUGAUGAUGAAGAAGCCUGCAUUACGGAGUUAGCUCGUUUUUAGAUGUGUCACAUUAUGUAGCUCCUUCUACCCCAGGAAAAUCUAAAGAGAAAUUGCAUCACUACAUUUCUUUCUGGUUGUUAAUUGAUCAGUAAACAUUUCACUGGAUCAGGUGAUACGAGUGUAUUCUUCUUCCAUUGUAUUUAGUCUUAUGGCUCUCCCACCUGUUUCUCAAACGCCAUCUUUUACUGUAUAAUUUUCACAAACCCAGUCAAACAAUAAAACGUAUGUAAAGAAAUAUAAAAACUGGUGGAAUGAACUGGGUGUUGUUUGACUCUGUCAUCUGAAAAAAUGUACCCCUUCAUAUGAGCUGUAACUCAAACAGCUGAGAUGCUGCUGUUAUUUAUUGAAUAGUACAGCUUUGUAUUGCUUUGUAUUGACUAGUAAUGCAUUCCAAUACUGCAAUCCUGUCAGAUGACUAAUGCUUUACCUUAUUCUCAUGCAUACAUCUUCAAAACGUGAUACUUUACUUCUGGACACCACCUCAAAUGUAAAAUUUGGUUUUAAAAUGUUCAUUAUGUCUAUUUUGCAUACAGCAUGGCUGCAGUCAACAUGGUAAUUAAAUAUUUGUUCUGUGAUUAUUA